GAUUAGCGUUCACAGCGGAUUGGUCGGAGUAAAACAGAAACGUGAGAAAAUAUGUGAAAUAGGGUAAAGUGCAGUGGUUUAGUAACAGUGUAAAACAUGCUUGGUUAAUAUUUAUACGGAUUAAUAACACAAUAAGGACAGACACAUUGUGAGUGAAAUUUUAAUUGAUGAUGAAUUCCUCCAGUUAAAACGUAUCUGCUAUGGCCACAGUAACCGAGGAACCGGUUAGCCUAUUUGAAAACCGGUCCUAUAUUGAGAUUCUACUGGUGACCGCACCACAAGUGGUCACCAUUGACAGGGUGGUGACGCCUUUCUGGUACAUCAUUGGCUUCAUUGGAAACCCAAUAUCAGCAAAAAUAUGGCUGUCAAGAACAGUUUGUAAUUCCAAUUCAUCAGCAUUGUACUUUGGAAUCCUUGCCAUUGUUGAAACAUUGUACCUCAUUUUGCACGUGAUUUACGAACUUCAAAUGGCCUGGGGUUACAACACGUACAACAAACGGGUCUCGUGCGAGUUGUUCAACUUCUUCUUUAUAACUCCUCAGUAUAUGGUUCCUAUGCUGGUUUUAGCCUUUACAACAGAACGCUAUAUCGCCGUCUGUCAUCCGUUUGUCAGUGAGAAAUACUGUACAGUAACUCGUGCAAAGAUUGUGAUUUGCUGUAUGUCCAUUGCAUCAAUAGCUCUUGGACUGGUACAAGUGUACAUUUGGGCGUUUGAUGACGUCAUAGGAUGUGUUUUCCGUCCGUCCGCAAUUGGCUUUCACACAAGCUGGACAUGGGUAACCGAAAUGUUGCUUUUCCUUGUCAUCCCCGUCGCUUGCCUUGUCAUAAACGUGCUAGUGAUCCGGGAAAUAAAGCGAAUACAGAUUCAAAGUGCAGCGCAUGGUCAGGGGGGUAAUCCGGCCUCGACAACUACGUUGCUAUGUGUUUCAUUCUAUUUCAUUCUAACACUUCUUCCGGCGACAAUCUUUUACGCCAUACAGACUUCCGUUCCGCAAGGGAAUCCUUAUUUGAGUCUUGAAAAAUGGGCAAGUGACCCAACGUGGAAGUCAUAUUUUCUGUACCUCACUAUGCGCAAAGCAGUUGAGGAAAUAUGCUUAUCAAAUUACGCUUCGUAUUUUAUUAUUUAUUACAUCACUGGAACAUAUUUUCGGAAAGCAUGCAAACAAAUGUUUAUGCGCUUCGUAAGUAAAAUAAUGAUGAGAUCACCAAAUAGAGCUAAGCACACUGACUAUAGCAUGUCUACCAAAAAUGGAAAAGAAGGGAAGUCUGCUGAAACAGUUAUACUAACCAAUCUGGAGCCAUAGUUAAAGUAACACUCACGCUAAAAAAUAUUGAAUAUUUCGU